ACCAAUCUAAUGCAUUUAUUUUGAAGUAAAAAAUUUUACAAAAAUAUGAUUAUAUGCCAUGAAGAAAUUAACCAAAUUAUUUAAAAUAAAUUUUGGUUUAUUGAGUUUCACUUUUCCCGUUACUUUUUUCACUAGAAAGUGCAAUGUUUGCUGGAGAGAUGAGAUUUUCUGGGCUCUGCUUGUUUAGAUAGAAAAUGGAUUGAGGAAAUUUUUUUGGGCAUGGUGGUAUAUUUCCAUAUCUAACUAGCUGCUUCUGAUUUGUCGAUUGUUCGCUGCCUUGGCCAUUGUUUUUCUGCAACGGAUGCUACAAAUUAGGGCUGGGCGAGAUUCGGCGCUUUACGAUCUUCAAAAUUGGUGAGAGACACGAGCGUUCUCUAGAAAUGGGUACUAGUUUCCUCUGUAGAAGAGUAGUGUCACUCGCAAAUGUGGCGCAAGUGUUUGAAAUUUCAAGGGCCCCGGUGCAUUUUCUUCAAAAUAGGCAACUUCUUAUGUUUAGAUCUUUCUCUUCGCCCAAACAACACUCUUUCACGGUGUCUUACCUCAUGAACUCAUGUGGAUUGUCCCCAGAAAGUGCUCUGUCUGCAUCACGGAAGGUACAGUUUGAAACCCCAGAGAGAGCAGACUCCGUCCUCGCACUCCUUAGGAAUUAUGGAUGCACCAAUACCCAUAUCUCCAAAAUUGUAAGCAGGUAUCCGGUCCUGCUCACUGCCAAUCCUGAGAAGACCCUUUUGCCCAAACUGGAGUUUUUCCGUUCUGUAGGCUUUUCAGGGCCUGACCUUGCCAGCAUUGUCGCUGCUAGCCCACAGAUCUUGAGAAGGAGCUUGGAAAAUCAUGUUAUUCCUAGUUAUAAUUUCCUCAAGAGUGUAGUUAUAGUCAAUGAAAAAAUUGUGAGGGCCCUCAGUAAGUCAUACUGGCUUAAUGGUCAAACCUUGCAAAACACCAUUGCUCCAAAUAUUGAAAUUCUGAAAGAAAUUGGAGUUCCCAUAUCAAAGAUUUCGUUUUUUGUGACAUGUCACCCUAGUGCAGUGUCCCAAAACAAGAAAAAGUUUAGUAGAAUUGUCAAGAUGGUUACUGAAAUGGGAUUUGAUCCUUUGAGAGUUAAGUUUGUGAAAGCAGUAAAAGUGAUCUGUGAAAUGGGUGAAUCAAUGUGGGAGCAUAAAAUGGAGGUUUAUAGGGGGUGGGGUUUGACAGAUGAUGAUAUUAUGUUGAUGUUCAAGUCAGAUCCCUUAUGCAUGGCAGCAUCUGAGAGGAAAAUAAUGAGUGUGAUGGAUUUUUUGGUUAAUAAGAUGGGUUGGGAACAUGCAGCUGUUGUUAGGUAUCCAACAGUCUUUUUGUGCAGUUUGGAGAAGAAGAUCAUUCCAUGGUGUUCAGUGGUGAAAGUUAUUCAAAUGAAGGGGUUGGUGAAGAAGGAUCUGUGUUUGUGUAUUUUAGGCUACAGUGAAAAGAAUUUCUUCAAUAGGUUUGUGGUCAGAUAUGAGCAAGAUGUUGCUGAGCUUUUAAAUGUAUAUCAAGGAAAAAUUGGUAUUUUUGAACUUGGCUUUGUAUCUGAGGGGAUAUGGGAGAAGAAACAGUUGCAUGUUAACUUCUCUUUGCACUUGAUCGAUUUUUUGGUUAAUAAGAUGGGUUGGCAAGCUGUAGCUAUUGCCAAAUAUCCACUGGUUUUGCGAUAUAAUUUGGUGAAGAGGAUCAUCCCUAGGUGUUCAGUGGUGAAAUCUUUGCUACUGAAAGGGGUUGGUAAAGAAGGAUUUGUGUUUAAGUAUGUUUUUUAUGCUCAAUGAGAGGGAUUUCUUGGAUAAAUAUGUGAUCAAAUUCCAGGAAUAUAUUCCUCAGUUGUUGAAUAUACAUCAAGGAAAAAUGAGUUUUCUGGAACUUGGCUUUGAG